AUGCGCAGCCUUUUGGAGGGUUUGCUUUCCCAAGUUCGCUGCCUGAACUUAGGCUGGGAGUUGCUGAUUGUCCUCUUAGUCGUUUUCAACUUCUUUGUGAUCCGCCUGGCAGCUGGUCGCCUUUUCACAGGCCAUCAGGCCAAGGAGGACCACGGAGUAGAGUCAUACCCGUCGCACAGCCGCGGCGAUGAUGAGUCCUCCAUUCCGGAGGAGAGAAGUGUGAAUUCAGUGAACCGUGUGAGCGCUGCAGAGGAGGCCUUUUGCAAAAAGGUGCUUGCAUCUAUCCAGCUUGGCGACAUUGCAGGAUCAACUGCGGCCUUUCAAGAGGCCGUCCAGAAGCUCUCGCAUUUCAGCCGGGCACCGGCACUUCUUAUGAAGACCUUGAAGGUGGCAAAUGCCCAGGGCACUGCCGCCUUAGCUUGGGACCUGUACUGUGUCACCAAGGAGCAUGUGGAGUAUUCCAGGGGCUUGUAUCACACCUUGCUUUCUGUGCUGGCCAAAAGCGAAGAUCCAGAUCAUCCCAUAAGUGUGCUGCGCGACAUGACGCUGCAAGAUGUGGUGCCAGACUCUGGCACCUAUGCGUGUGUGAUCCGUGGACAACUUGCUAAGGGAGACCUGGAGAGCAGUGUGCAAAUGCUGGGCCAGAUGCAGCGAAGGGGUGUAACGCCAGACAUCGCAAUAUUCCAUGCAGUGCUGGAGGCUUGUGCACACAGGCAGUUGCCUAUGCUUGCCGAGCAGAUCUUCGGCGACAUGGAAGAAAUCGGGAUUGUCCCUUCCUCAACAACUUUAACUUUGUUGAUACGCCUGCACAGCCGCUGUGGUGAUUUGGGGGCGGCAAUGCGUGUUUUCAGGGAGCUUCCUCCCAAGUAUGACCUCAAACUUGACGCCCCAGUCUACGGAUGCCUUGCCGCAGCCUGCAUGGCGGAGGGCGAGGUGGCGCAGGCUUUCCAGAUCUACGAGCAGAUGUCGGCUGCCAGGUGCCACGUGGAUGCCUCCGUGUACAAGCUGUUGCUGACUGGCAGCCUCCAGCAAGGAGACCUGGAUGCGGCGGCAAGGUUGAUAGACGACGCCUUCCUCGGGGGCACGGUCUUGCCAAGAGAGUCGCUCGAAAUUUUCCUCCUGCAGGCCCAUCGACGCGGUCGAGGCGAGUUGGCCGUGCCAGUGCUUGAACAAGCGCAGCAGGCGGGCGUCUACAUUUCCGAGCGCAUUGCCAACAGCAUCCUCAACACCCUGCGUGCAGUAGGGUGA